AUGUCUGGCCCCUCCAACUCUUCGUCCUCAAGCGUCACUAGCUCGUCGUUAUCCCCCUCCGCUUCGUCAACCUGCACGACGCCGGAGCCUAACUACGAAACUAAGCCUGCGCCUACGCCCGCCCUCACCAUCCCACAACACGAUGAUCCGAAGGACUACACUAUUCCUAGUCUGGCGUGGCAAUACACCGGUAUCGCAUCAGCUCUUGAACAUUUGAACUGCACCGCGUCUGCCGUCAUUGAAGAGUUCAAGUCUCUCGCGUCAGAGCUCGCUUCACGCGCUGCAGGUCCGCACAAUACUCCGCGUAUCCCGCCCCAGCCAGAGAAGGGAAAAGCGACUAUGGAGUAUAUCAGAGCGAUCGCGCGGUAUAAGAUGCGCGUCAACCCACGCGCAUCGUUUGCGGCUUGGAAGGACGAUGCAGAGACGAUGGAGCGCGUACUUGAGCGGUACCGGGAACUCGCGCGUACAGCGCUUGCGUCUGCAGAUGCCAACGUGGGGUGUGAUUAUCCGGAGGUAGAGGGGGAUACGUCGCUGGCAAGGGGUCGAAAGCGGCCGCUGGAGGAUGUGGAGAUUACACCUAGCAUCCAGAACGCCACAGCGCCGAGAAAGAAGCAGAAGAGGUCGCGCCCCGACAGGUCUGACGCUCAAGCUGUGCCGCGCCGUAGCAGUAGGAAGAGUGUGGCUCCUCGACGGUUCGGCGCAUCCGAUUGA